GCAACUUUCAGGGAGGACGUUUACGUAACCUCACUGCUCUCACACAUGCCGGUCGGAAAUUGAACAAAGUGUUCCUUUAAACGGUUAAAAGGUUGUUUAGAGUAGCGGAUAACAUGGCUGCUUCUGCUUUUGUUUACAAACUGUUACCUCUGGUGAGAGGAAAGUGUUGCAGGAAGCCGGUUUGUCCCGCACGCACAACUGUCCGUGUGUUUUCGUGCACUGCAGGUCGUUCCCAGCUGCACCAGGUGAAGGGGAGCGGAGCUUUGACGGGGAAAGUGGACCGAUUCGGUGGAGUGACAGUGAACCUGGCUGACCCCGGUUUACCGGCGGACAUCAGCGAAAGUUCAUUCAGCAGAUUACUGAAAGAUUCUUUGGUCCAGUGGAAAGCAGAGGGGAAGGUCGCUGUAUGGCUUCGAGUUCCCAUCUCAUUGAGUCGCUGUGCUGCCGCCGCCUCUACACACGGCUUCACCUUCCAUCACGCCAAAGAUGACCAAGCUGUCUUGUCUCUCUGGUUGGGAGAAGGGGAAAGCAGACUGCCGGGGUUUGCAACUCACCAAAUUGGAGUAGCAGGUGCAGUUGUUGACGAGUCCAAUGGAAAAGUUCUUGUCGUCCAAGACAAAAACAAGACAAAGAAUGCUUGGAAGUUCCCCGGUGGUUUGUCUGAUCCAGGAGAAAAUAUUGGUGCUACUGCAGUUCGUGAAGUCUUUGAGGAGACCGGCGUUCGUUCUGAGUUCAGAUCUCUGCUCAGCAUCCGACAGCAGCACAACCAUCCCGGCGCCUUCGGCAUGUCGGACAUGUACAUUAUCUGCCGACUCAGCCCGCUCACCUAUGACAUCAACUUCUGCACUCAGGAGUGUCUACGCUGCGAGUGGCUGGACCUCGCCGAGCUGGCCAAAACCAACGAAACCACGCCCAUCACCACUCGUAUAGCCAGGCUUCUGCUUCACGGCCUGGAGCAGGGUUUCGAUAAAAUAGACCUCUCCAUGGAAGAGCUCCCUGCUGUCUACUCUGGGAUGUUUUACCAGUUAUACCACAGGCAGCUUCCUCUAACACUAAAAUCUUAACAAGCCAUGAACCUGACAGAGUAUCAUGGAUAGCUAUGCUGACAUAUGGCUGUCAGUAUUUCUCAUAUUUAAAUUGUAUUUAUGACUGGAAUUAUGUUUUCAGUGUGUUUCACACACUAACUGUUACUGUUGAAGAAAUAUAAUGCAAUAGAUGUACAAAAACAUUCACUUUGUGGUUUUUAAAGCAGCCACUUUUAAAAACAGCCACUAUACUACCUACAAGACCGCAGAGUUUUAUACGGUUUAUCUUUCCAUGUUUAUCUAUCCGUGUUGGAAGUCCACAGCUGUCUGGCAGUAGUGGAUGUGAGCAGCUGAUUUAACUAUUGAAAGGUACUGAAUUUUGCUGUA